AGUCGCCAUUUAGGCAGUAGCACCAGCAGAGGCUGGAGUCGGUCCGUUCGUACAAGCAGAGGGAGGCUGCGGUCAAGCCAACAGAAAGCGUUAGGCACGUCCGGUACGCUGGGAGCAGACUGGAAAGAAGCAGAGCCUCCAGAGCACCGAGAGCGUCCGAGUGCAUGGUUGGUAGCAGCCACAGCAGUCUGAGAGGGAAAGGAGGCGACAGAGCUGCAGGGACUCCUUUCCCGUGGGGAAACCCAGGGCAGAGAGGGUGAACAGCUGGUGCGAUGACAGGCAGAGACUGAAGAACAAGUAUUUGGAGCUUUCUGUUCCUACAGAGAUUUUUCCCUCCACCUGAGUGACUAACAUACCAACAAAAAUGCCUGAGCAAAGCAACGAUUACAGGGUGGUUGUGUUUGGAGCUGGUGGAGUGGGCAAAAGUUCUUUGGUCUUGAGAUUCGUGAAGGGCACUUUCAGAGAGAGCUACAUCCCGACCAUUGAAGACACCUAUCGGCAGGUGAUCAGCUGUGAUAAGAGCAUAUGCACUUUGCAGAUAACUGACACUACAGGGAGCCAUCAAUUUCCAGCCAUGCAGCGUCUUUCAAUUUCUAAAGGACAUGCUUUCAUUUUGGUAUACUCUAUCACUAGCCGACAGUCUUUAGAGGAACUCAAACCAAUCUAUGAACAAAUAUGUCAGAUUAAAGGAGACAUAGAAAGCAUUCCAAUAAUGCUGGUGGGGAAUAAAAAUGACGAGAGCCAGAAUCGAGAGGUGGACAGCAGUGAAGGAGAAGCCAUGGCUAAGAAGUGGAAAUGUGCCUUCAUGGAGACAUCUGCCAAGAUGAACCACAAUGUGAAAGAGUUAUUCCAAGAAUUGCUGAACCUGGAGAAACGCAGGACUGUGAGUUUACAAAUUGAUGGCAAAAAAAGCAAGCAGCAGAAAAGGAAAGAGAAGCUGAAAGGCAAAUGCGUAGUGAUGUAAAAUUGCACAGACAGAAGUCAGUUAUGCAGUCUCACUUAUCUGACAAGAUCCCACCUAAAACAUAUAGACAGCAGACAACCAUACAAGAUUCUACUUAUUAGUACCUGUUUCAAAACAACUAUUUGGAAUUUGAAAAAAAGAAGUUACUGUGGUUACUAUGAAAAAAAAGCCAAUGAUUUAAAAAAAUCAUGUACUGUAGCUAUCAGCAAAAAUAUUCAGGAAGUACAAACAAGACAGACCAGGAUAUCUUCUUCUGUAAUUUGCAGAAGAAGAGAAAAUUGAUCCUUAGCAUAAUGUGAAAGAUUCGGAAGGUCAACUUAAUGUCAUUUACAUUUGCAUGUAACUGCAAGAGAAGACAAUGUGUACAUUUAGAAAAACAACAAAUAAAUGGCUGUGAAGAAACUUAGAACAUAUAAAAGACUGCUGAGUGGUAUUAUCUUACCCUUGAAGAAUGUGAUAGACAAGCCAUUGAUUGGUGGGGCAGUGUGCAUAAAGUAGUCUUGAAUCUGCCAAGAAAAACUAUUUCACACUAAAAGGAAGUGUGGGAAUAACACAGCUUGAAGGAAUAGAUAUUCCUUCUCUCCCCCAGAAUGAGAUUACUUUCUAGAAUGAUGCAGUAUUGGAACUUAAGUAUGAGGAAAAUCCAGCCCCUGUAGGAGAGGUGGAGAUCAUUUCCUUUUCUGGACACAUCACUUCAAGAACGACCCUUACUUCUGGCUCAAAUACAUUUCAGAAAAGCAGAGCCUGUGGAGAAUGUCAAAUGGUACAAAAAAUGCUGUGCAUAUACAAACAGAAAGUUUCCCCAGGGAGAACUGGAUAAGAAGUCUCCUAUAAAAGCCACUGUGGGAAAGGCUCUGCUCAAAAGCUGCUGAUGAUUAAAAGAACACCUCAUGUAAUUAAUGAAUGAAUGGAAAUUCUGUUGAACUGGGGAUACCUUUGGAGAGGAUUCAGUUUAAUACACAAAGUUUUUACUCAGAUUAUCAGAUUAGCUGAAUGAAACACCUUUUCAUUACUAUAUUCCAAUCAGAAGGGGAUUGCAAUCGUGCACUACUAGAUCUAUUGCCUUUAUAUUGUUUGAAAGGUUUUAUAUAUACCAUUUAAACUCAUGAUUUGAAGUGACCAUUUAUAGAACUAAAUCCUGUAGCUAGAGUUAGGGCACAUAAAAGUCUCUACGAGAAAAUUUGCCCAGAUAAGUACUACAGGAUUUGGCAAGUUAAGUGUUGCAGUCAGUACUGCGUUACAAUGCAAUACAAAGUUUGAAACAAAAAAACCCAACC